CUCUCUUAUCUUUGUGGAGAGUACCAAACCACAGAGAGAGUAAACUAUUAAAUACAAAGAGAACCCCAAAGAAGCUAAUAUUCACCGUUUCGCCGCAAAGUUUUUAUUUCCGAACAUUUAACACCCCUCAAAACAGUUUAACGCUGCCAUGUGUGGAGGAGCUAUAAUCUCCGAAUUCAUCCCUCCGCCGAACUCCCGCCGCGUCACCAGCGAGUUUAUCUGGCCGGAUCUGAAAAAUCUGAAGAAGAAGAAGUCGAGGAAGCGAUCUGAUUUCUUGGAUCUGGACGAUGAAUUCGAGGCUGAUUUCAAAGGGUUUAAGGAUGAUGAUUCGUCUUUUGACUGCGAAGAUGGAUUCGAUGUGAAGCCCUUUGCCUUCACCGCAGCUUCCCUUCCCACCAACGUCGCCUCCACUGGUUCAGUUUCUGGCAAGAAAACCAUAGAGUCUGAUGAGAAAUCUGGCAAGAGGAAGAGAAAGAAUCAGUACAGGGGAAUUAGGCUGCGCCCAUGGGGAAAGUGGGCAGCCGAGAUCCGCGAUCCUAAAAAAGGCUCACGAGAAUGGCUUGGAACGUUCGAAACCGCUGAGGAAGCUGCAAGAGCUUAUGACGCAGCUGCGCGCAGGAUCCGUGGCGAUAAAGCCAAGGUGAACUUCCCUGAGGAGGUGAUCAGUAAUCUUAAGAAGCCAGUGGCUAAACCAAACCAUACCCCAGCUUUGGUUCAGCCGCCAACACAUGUGGGUCAGUACUGCAACAACAACUCCUUUGACAACAUGGGACAUGACUCCUUGAGUUUUAUCGAGGAGAAGCCUCAGAUGUACAACAAUCAGUUCUUCGAUGUUGGACAGUAUUUCAGCUCUGAUCAGGGUAGUAACUCGUUUGACUGCUCUGAGUUUGGGUGGAGUGAUCACGCCCCCAAGACACCACCGGAGAUCUCUUCAAUGCUACUCAAUAACAACCGAGCUACCCUUGCUGAAAAAACCAACGCAGCCAAGAAGGUCAAACUCAACUCUGAGGACGAGACAAGCGACAAUGAUGAUCUGAUGGCGUACCUUGACAACGCCCUGUGGGAGUCUCCUUUGGAAAUGGAAGCUAUGCUCGACGUAGAUGUUGCUGCUGAUGGUGUGGCUCAGAAAGAGGCAAACCCAAUGGAGCUGUGGAGCUUAGAUGAUAUCAACUUUAUGCUGGAUGGAGACUUCUGAAGUGUUUGAUGCGUUGCCUAGUUUGUAAAUAAAGCUGUGUGUGUGUGUGUGUUGGUGAGUUUCAAGCCCAUUGUGAAGACAAACAGCCGUAACUUUUACUUAAUCUUCAGUUUGGUUUUUGUGUUUGUUGUCUCACAGGGUUUUGUUUUGUAUCCCUAAGACUUGUUUAACAAGUAUAAUAAAAACGGUGUUGGAACCUCUGUUUUUUUUUAUGA